ACGGACGCCGUGUCACAGCGCGAUGUGGCUACAUUAGGUCCGCGACAUAGUGUCCCAGCGACAUAGUAUCCUAGAACCCAUAUUGAUACUCGACGAGGCCCCAACACGAAGCUUGGAGACUCCUGUGAAGCUUUGGUGUCCGGUUUCCAUCCCAGAACAACCUCAUUACACAUCAUCCUAGGCCUGUGAAGUACCCAGGAUGGCACCACAAGAAACUUCGGCCGGUGGGAGAGAGGAAGCUCCUCCUCGACGGCUGAAGAUUAAGAUCAACAAUAGAUAUUAUACGAUUGGAUCAGAAGUUUCUAAGACGAUGCCCCUAAUAGACUUCUUGAGAGAGCAAGUAAAGCUGCCAGGAACGAAAGUCCUUUGCAGGGAAGGAGGCUGCGGUGUCUGUACAGUUGUGGCGACUGCACCUGAUCCCGAGCAUGAGGGAGCUUAUAAGACCUUCAGCGUUAAUGCAUGUCAACUUUUGGUUUAUACCUGCGCUGGUUGGUCCAUUGAGACAGUGGAGUACCUAGGGAACCGCUAUGAUGGAUAUCACACGCUCCAAAAAGCUCUAACAGGCUUUUAUGGAACUCAGUGUGGUUACUGUUCCCCAGGAAUGAUCAUGACGAUGUAUGGACAGUUGAAAUCUUCAGGGUCGCUCACGGCAGCUCAAGUAGAGGAAUCCUUGGACGGAAACCUCUGCCGUUGCACUGGCUAUCGCCCCAUUCUCGAUGCCUUUAAAUCCCUUGCUGAGGACGGAGACCAAUGCUUGAAGGACAAACUUGUUGAUAUUGAGGAAGCAAAUAAAGCAAAGUGUCCCAAGACUGGCAAUAUCUGUAAGGGCAAGUGCGAAUCUAGCAAAGAGGAAAAUGAAUCAAGUUGUAAAAAUAAACAUAAGGACCACAAUGAUGCCGACCCCAUAGAAGAGGAGCUUGAAUUUACAGAUGGUGGAAUCCAGUGGUACCGACCUCUCACCCUUGUGGGAGUAAAGAAUGCCUUGAAGAAAAUCGGAAGCGACGAAAAGUAUUGCAUUGUCGUAGGGAACACUGGACAAGGUGUCUACAAAGAGGAUGGUCCCUAUACAACGUACAUCAGCACAAAUGGAGUAAAGGCUCUCUAUAAUAUCACAAUUGGGGAGCCACUUGUCCUUGGAGCUAACGUUACCCUCAGUCGCGCAAUUGAGGUGUUCCAACAUGUUGCCAACACGUAUCCUAACUACAGGUACUUGGAUACCAUCGUGCGACACUGGAAGCUUGUGGCAAAUGUAUCAGUGCGGAAUACAGGAAGCUGGGCAGGCAACCUUAUGCUGAAGCACAAGCACCCUGAAUUUCCAUCAGAUAUCUUCCUAACACUGCUAGCUGCUGAUGCCCAGUUGACGCUGAUUGAUGCUGACACAAAUGACACAACACAGGUGGAUCUCGAGACUUUCCUGCAGACAGAUAUGUCGAAGCGUCUCAUCACCUCCGUGAUUUUACCACCUAUGGCUCAGGGCACUGAGUUCCGUACAUAUAAGAUCACUCCAAGAACUGUGAAUGCACAUGCAUAUGUUAAUGCGUGUUUCAAAAUAAAAGUAGAUCCAGAUGAUGGGUUUAAGGUUACUGAGACUCCCACAAUAUUAUAUGGAGGAAUACAUCCCAAUUUUAUUCAUGCAAAGCAGACUGAAUCAUUCUUGAUGGGUCGCAGUUUAAUGGAAGUCCCAGCCAUUAUAAAAGCUGCGAAAAUCCUAGGUAAGGAGGUGAAGCCUGAUGCCAAGCCACAGGACGCAUCACCCCAAUACAGGAGGUCGUUGGCUCAGAGCCUUUUGUAUAAGACAAUCGUCUCAAUCCUCGGCGACAAAGUAAGCAGUGAGAUUACCAGUGCUGGGACUGUGCUGGAGAUCAUGGCCAGAGAGGCUGUGUACCUCGACGACAUUCCUACACUCCCCGGGGAACUGCAUGGUGCCUUUGUGCAGACAAAAUAUGCAAAAGCCAAGUUGAAAUCGACUGAUGCAUCUCCGGCAUUGGCAGUGCCCGGUGUUGUUGCUUACAUCACUGCGAGGGAUAUUCCUGGAAGAAACACAUUCUACUCAGGAGGAGGAACCGACCCUGUUUUUGUGGAGGAGCAAGUGAAUUAUGCAGGCCAGGCAAUAGGUCUUGUUGUAGCCAAGGAUCGUGAAACUGCUGUCAGAGCGGCCAAACUCGUCACAGUUGAAUAUGAAGAAAUUGAAAAGCCCACACUCACGAUUGACGAAGCCGUGAAGCAAGGGCGAGAGGAAUUGGCAGUCAAUUUCAUGACAGGGAAGCGUGAAGCACAAACAUUGGGGGAUAUUGAGGAGGGCUUUAAGAAAGCUAAGAACACGUUGAAAGGGGAGCUGCAUCAGGGAAGUCAGUUCCACCUGACUAUGGAGGCCAUUGCUGCCCGCGUCGUCCCAAUAGAAGAUGGGUAUGACGUGUUUAGCACAACACAGUGGCCAACACAGACCCAGUCAACAGUGGCAGAGGUGUUGGAUAUCCCUGCACAUAGCAUAAAUGUAUCAGUAAGACGCAUUGGUGGUGGAUAUGGUGGCAAAAUUACCCGACAGCAUGUCGUGUCUUCAGCGGCAGCUGUAGCAUCACGGAAGCUAAGAUGUCCUGUGAGGAUUGUUGUUGACCUCAAUACACACAUGAGUCUUGUGGGAUGGCGAGAACCCUAUCUCUCAAAGUACGAGGUUGGUUUUGAUGACGAAGGCAAGUUCCAGGCUCUCAAGGUGGAAAUGUACUCAGAUGCAGGCCAUGUGCCCAAUGAGUCCUCGGUAGGAUUCCUUGGAGGUCCUGUCCAGAACGGCUACCAUAUCCCCAGUCUGCUCUUCAGGCCAGUUAUUGUUCGUACUGAUACAGCCGCCAACACCUGGUGUCGAACCCCAGGUACUGUUGAGGCCCUGGCAACCAUUGAGAACAUAAUAGAGCACAUUGCCAACUUUCUUAAAAAGGACCCUCUAGAAGUGCGUCUUCUGAAUAUGGUCGAGCCUGAAGUGCCACGCCUCAUGGCACCCCCUCUUGAGAAGAAUGUGAUCAAGGAUGACAUAAUUCCAUUACUCAAGCAGAAGGCCAUGUAUGAACAGAGGAAGGAAGAGGUGGAAGCCUUCAAUAAGGCAAAUCGCUGGAAGAAGAGAGGCCUGUCCGUUGUGCCCCUUUGGUAUGGUUACAACUACCCUUCCAUGUUUCGGUAUGGAAUCCAGGUCUCCAUCUAUGAGCAUGAUGGUACAGUAGCAGUGACUCAUGGUGGUAUUGAGAUGGGACAAGGUAUCAAUACCAAGGUGGCUCAAGUAGCGGCACACGCUUUGGGCAUUCCUAUUGAAAAGGUAAUCAUCAAGGCUUCCGAUACAACUGUUGGUGCGAAUUCUACUGUAACAGGAGGAUCAUUUGGAACAGACAUUUGCUGCCAUGGCACAAAGGUAGCCUGUGAAGCUCUCCGUGAGAGGAUAGACGCAAUCAAAGGCGAGGAGUUGAAGAAAGACUCAGAGAAAGAGAUGUCAUGGGAGCAGCUCAUCAAGAUAUGUCACCUUAGGGAUGUGGACUUAUGUGAACGCUAUUGGACUGCCGGAAAGGAACAUCCUCAGCGCUAUGACAUAUGGGCUGCCUGUUGCCUCGAAGUCGAAAUUGACGUCCUCACUGGACAGUAUUUGCUCCGUCGUGCAGAUAUCGUUGAGGACUGUGGGAAAAGCAUGAACCCUUUCGUUGACAUCGGACAAGUGGAGGGAGCCUUUAUCAUGGGUGUUGGUCUCUACACGUCUGAGCUGGUGAAGUUCGACGUGGAAACGGGAGUAAAGCUCUCUAAUGGAACGUGGGAAUACAAACCACCAACAGCGCUGGAUAUUCCUGUUGACAUGAGGGUGACUCUCCUGCCUAAUGCGUCGAACCCUUAUGGCGUCUUGAACUCCAAAGCCACCGGUGAGCCAGCUCUCUGCUUCUCAUAUGUGGUAGUCACUGCCCUCCGCCAUGCCAUUGCAGCUUUCAGAGCAGAGAAUGGAAACGAAGACUGGUUUGAAAUGCACACACCGCUGACAGUGGAAAAGGUCCAACAGCUGUGCGGCGUUCGACCAGAGCAGUUCCGGCUCUCCAAGCGCGAUGGGGAGACCUGUCCUGAAGACUUCCAGAUGAUUGACAAAGAUGAGGUUCCAGCUGUAGCGGAAAGUGAUGAGGGCAGCGCAUCUUGUUCCAUGAAUUGAGGAGGAUCGGAAAAGGAAAAGGAAGGGAGAACAGAGAGGGAGGUGGUUGUGAAGAAUCAACUUUCCUUUGAUUUUUGUCCUCUGUUGUUAUUCAAGGUUGUUGUAGUUAGUGUUACUGAAUAUUAUUAUAAUGUCGAUGUUAAUUUACACAAUCGUGUUGGAUAUAUGUCUUAGAAUUAGAUUAAUAAUAAUAAUAUUAAUAUAUAUACAUAUAUGUAUAUAUAUAUAUAUAUAUAUAUAUAUAUAUAUAUAUAUAUAUAUAUAUAUAUAUAUAUAUAUAUAUAAAUAUAUAUAUGAUAUGUAUAUGUAAAACUUUUUUGUGAUUAAGGUAUUUAAAAAGGGCCUUACUCCAGAUUGUAGCAUAGAAUGUAUUAAGAAUGAUGUUUUGAUGCAGUUUAGCAGAAAGAUAUAAUACAAAAAGGAAGUAAAUAAUUUCUUACACACCAUCAGAAUUUUUUCACCAAGAAUGUGCAGUCAUUGUUGUGAGAAGUAAUAAAGGAAAUUGAGUUAUUAUCCAACAUCAGAAUGUCGAAGGAAGGAUUGUGCAAAAGAUGAAAUAUAGAAAUCAUAUUGAUUAUAUCUACAUUUGUUGUAUGUUGCAUUACAGUUUUAAGUUGUAUUUUAUUCCUUUGCAUUUAAGAAAUUAAGUUAAAGAGGAGGAAUUAAAUCAUAUGCAUUGCUCUUUGAGGUAGAAGAUUAUAUGAUUUUAGAUAUAAUUAGUGAAGACAUUGAAAUACCUGAAAUGUAUUUAUCAAUAAUCUUAGCUGCAUAUGAGAUUAUAUAUUUCUAAUUUACUCA